CGUCUUUUCCUAACGCAGCAGACCAGAGAAUCAACCAAUGGAGAAGGAGCAUUUCGGAGGUUUUCCGCUUUCCCCGAAGUUCUUGACAGAUCCGACUUCAGAUUGAAAGAAUUCAAGAUGGCUGCUACAGGCUCAGAGUAAAGGGCUAACUCUUCUGGAUUCCACUGUGCAUGAAGCUCUCCUGAGGUUGUGGUGUCUAAGUGCUCUGUGCCCCAGCUCCUCUUGCUUCUCAUCAUGUCCUCCACCUCUUCCUACUCCUCCUCGGGGGACACUAGUCCGGAGGAUGUACCCCGAGGUGGGGGCACUAUCCGAGUCUUCCUCCCCAACAAACAGAGGACAGUGGUGAAUGUUCGGCAAGGGCAGACUGUGUAUGAGAGUCUGGAUAAAGCGCUUAAAGUGAGAGGCCUGAGCCAAGACUGCUGUGCUGUAUUUCGCCUUCUAGAAGGCCGUAAGAGACUGACGGAUUGGGACACAGACAUCACUCCGCUGGUUGGAGAGGAGCUUUUAGUCGAGGUCCUGGAUGAUAUUCCCCUCACCAUGCACAACUUUGUACGGAAAACCUUCUUCAAGCUGGCUUACUGUGAUUUUUGCCACAAGUUUCUUUUUAAUGGCUUCAGAUGUCAGACAUGCGGCUACAAAUUUCACCAGCACUGCAGUAGCAAAGUCCCUACUGUGUGCGUGGACAUGGAUACAGUGAGCAAACGGUGUGAUCCUAAUCCCUGCACAGAUGAGUACCCAAGGAUACUUUUGCCAGAAAAUUCCCCAUCACAGAGCAACCUAGCCUUAACCCCAGAGCCUGCUGGGAUGGACCUCCUGUCCCCGACCUCUGCCUUCCGUUUCCCCAUGCCGGGUGGAGAUGGCCAGUCUCUACAAAGACAUCGCUCCACCUCCACCCCCAAUGUCCAUAUGGUCAGCACAGUGGGCCCUGUUGGUACAAUUAUUAUAGAGGAAGCACUAAAGUUCAGCAACCCAAUGGGUCCUGAGCCCUCACCAAAGCCCUCCACCAGCCCGCCCACUACUCUGGGCUCUCCCGGGAGGAGACCACCCAAAUCUCCAUCAGAGCACAAGGAGCGCAAGCCCUCCUCGUCCGACGACAAAAAGAAAGUGCACCGAGGGGGCUACAGAGACUCAAGUUACUACUGGGAGGUUCACUCUCGAGAAGUCACCAUUCAGAAGAGAAUAGGCGCUGGCUCCUUUGGAACAGUCUUCAAGGGCAAAUGGCAUGGAGACGUGGCAAUCAAGAUCCUUAAAGUCACUGAGCCAACGCCUGAGCAGUUGCAGGCCUUCAAAAAUGAAAUGCAGGUCUUACGGAAGACCCGCCACGUCAACAUCCUGCUGUUCAUGGGCUAUAUGACUAAGCCGAACUUUGCCAUCAUCACACAGUGGUGUGAUGGCAGCAGCCUGUACCGCCAUCUGCAUGUCACAGAAUCCAAGUUUGACACUAUGCGUCGCAUUGAUGUGGCCAGACAAACAGCACAGGGCAUGGAUUAUCUUCACGCGAAGAACAUAAUUCAUCGAGAUCUGAAAUCAAACAAUAUUUUUCUCCAUGAGGGCUGGACUGUUAAGAUUGGUGACUUUGGGUUGGCCACAGUAAAGGCUCGGUGGAGCGGCUCUCAACAGGUAGAACAGCCCAGUGGAUCCAUUCUGUGGAUGGCUCCUGAGGUGAUCCGAAUGCAGGACAGCAACCCAUAUACUUUCCAGUCUGACGUAUACGGCUACGGAGUAGUGCUGUAUGAGCUGAUGUCAGGGACCCUGCCUUACUCCAUUAUCAACAACAGAGACCAGAUAAUCUUUAUGGUUGGACGUGGUUACUUGUCUCCAGACCUCAGUAAGCUGUCUAGUACCUCGCCCAAGUCAAUGAAAAGGCUCAUCAUUGACUGCCUGAAGUUCAAACGGGAUGAGAGGCCCCUGUUUCCACAGAUCCUGGUAGCCAUUGAGCAGGUUCAAGACCUGCUGCCAAAAAUUGAGCGAAGUCGCUCUGAGCCGUCGCUCCAUCGGGCCGUGCAUGCGGAGGACCUGAACCCCCUUUUGUUCCACACCACCAGGCUGAUGCCCCUCUAAGCUCCCAACAGCAUGGGACAGAGAGGUCCUCACACUGCCCAAAACCAGACCACAAGCCCCAGCUCACUCCCUGCCCCCGCAGAGCCCCGGAGCUGCCGCACUCAACGCAAAUCUCAGUAACUGCAGAAAUAUUGGCAACACACUGUUUAGACUGAUAGUGAAUGUUCUUUUCCUUUUGUACACGUGAAAAAGAUCUGCCCAAGUGAAAUAACUGUCCACUGUAUCUAGUAGGAUGUUAAAUGCCUCUAUUCAGUCUACUUGAGAAAAAUCAUUGAACGGUUUGCAUUACAUACUCUGACCUACUAGGAGGCAUUUAAAUUGUUUUGAGCAAAUGGUAAAAGAAGACAUGUAUUGCACAUACCCUGCAAAAUUGCGUUGCCCAUUUUCGGUAGUAAAAAAAGUCUUACUCCGACCUUUUAAGAAGCACUGUGAUCAUAGUCAAUAUAUUUAAAUCAGUUUAACAGCCAUAAUACUGGAUCUGCUGGUUCAGGUCUCCUGAUCAGCCUACAUAUUUCAAAUGCUCAGUUUUCAUGUGUCCCCUUCAGUUAGCCUUUUAUUCAGCAUGCGAUGGGAGAUCUGACAUGUGAUGCUUGUGAUUUGACAGCAAACACAGUGCCUGUUUGGGAGUGCUUUGUAAAAGAUAAGUCAUUUUGUUUUAGUGGGACCCAUCCACAAUCUGCUGCUUUUGCAAACAUUUCAUUGCUAGAAUUUUUAUUGUAUUCAACCAAAACAACAAAUCAACAUGAGCAGGCAGAGGAAGAGAUAACUCAACCUUUUGGAAGCCUAGAAUAGAUCGGCAACCUCAAACACUAAACUAUGCACAAAGGUUUAGUAAAAAAAAAAAAAAAAAAAAAAAAAAGAUAAUUUGGUUAAAGGAUCUCUGCACAUGCUGUAUAGCAGCGACAGGCUAGUUGCAAAUCUAAAUCACAUUUCCUUAACACCUCAGAAUAACUAUCAAAUAAGAAUCUAAUUUGGAUGGACAUACUCAAAGUUCAAGUUCUUUUUAAACCAGAGUUUCCAUUGAGGUUGCAAUGAACUCAAAAAAAGAGCACUUGACAUGUGAAUGUCGAACAGUUAACUCAGCAGGGCAACAACAGGCCAAGUUCAUCUGGUUUCACACUACUUUGAAGUACAUUAGUUAGUUAAUCAGUUAAAAGUUACGUAUAAGAUUAUUUACCUUACCCCACUGGGUUUUCUUUCAGAUUGUAUACAAGUUCAGUCUGUAUACAGGAUUAAAUUGUUAGGACCAACAUUUUUGCAGUGUACUGUACAUAAAAGGGCAUGUCUGAUGAUUGAAUUUGUCAUUCUGAUAUUUAACAUUUCUAAGAUUCCAAAAUACAAGAUUUAACAAUU